AUGCUGCUGUCACCUCAGGCAGAGAGGAACUGGGAGGGUCUCUGUGAGGUGCUUGAAGACGUGUUGGAGGACCAGUCACACAAGCAAUUGUUUGCCUUGGAGAUUGGCUCCGGAACAGGACAACAUGUCAUUAGAUUUGCACAGAAAUUACCCUUUGUUACAUGGCAGCCAUCAGACAUUAAAGAGGAGUGUCGUGACAGCAUAAAGGCAUAUAUAGCUGCUACCCAUGUUAAAACUGUGCUCCAGCCCAUCCUGCUGGAUGCCAGCGAACCUUGGGACAAAUGGACAGGUGUUUCUCGUAAUUCCUGUGAUGUUAUUAUUGCCAUUAACCUCCUGCAGUACAGCUCCUUCAAAACAGCACAGGGUGUUUUCAGUGGAGCCGGGCAGAUCCUUAAACCAAAUGGCCUUUUCAUAACAUAUGGGGUGUUUGCUGUUAAUGGCAUCAUCACACCCAGCUGUAAUGAAGUUCUGGAUGAAGAACUAAGGAAACUGAACCCAGAAUGGGGUCUUCCAGACCUAGAUGUGCUGAGACAGAAGGCCUAUGGAAAUGGGCUGCGUUUGGAGAGAAUGAUUGAAAUGGAAGACUAUUACAAAUGCCUCAUCUUUAGGAAGCUCUGA